UUGGACAGCAGGCCGCAAAGCAUGAUGGGUAUUGAGCGCUCAAUUAUGCGAACGCUUCAUUUGACGUUUUGACUGUCGUGAUGUGAAGAGCUCUGCGAGUAUAGGAAAAAUGGAUGCUUUCGAAAGACAGGAUUUUCAAGCUGCGAUAGUGCAAAAUACUAUGAUGUAUAUGUAUUGUUGCGAUCCGCAUUACGACUUAUCUUUUACUGUACCGAGUUUACCGUUUUUUAAGCUGCAUGGGCUUUGCUGCCAUUUCGCCUUUCAUAAUACUCCGUCUGAAAGAAGACUUUGUAUUAUACCAAACACCGAAGCACUGCUUUCGAAGUUGAAUGGCCUUAAAUCUCCUUGUGUCAUCAACGUUAAAGCAAGUACUAUAUUUGAGUUUGGUACUAUCCCUGAUGAAUUUAUUCAUUGUAAAGCGGAGAGAAUGCUUUUAAUUUGGGAUUUUGAUGUGGAUCGUGUAUUGACAGAAAAUACGAGCGCUGUGGAUGCGGUUACUCCUGAUUUGAUGACAUCGAAAUUAAUAAUGAGGACAGUGAAGAAGAUGAAAGUGAAGAAGUUGAAAGUGAUGAGGAAGAAAUCACUCAUGCUCUACCAUUCAAGUGCAUUGGAGCUGCUCAUGAACAAAGUUACCAACAUCAUCUGGAACAGGCAUAUCUUGCCCUUGAAUAUAAUGAAUCAGUAA